CCCUGGCGUCAUAGACGCUCGUUGGCGCGCGCGAGAAGUGUGGGUGCAAUAAUUGAAUAACAUGGAUUUCUAUAUUCAUUUUGCGACGCUCGCACGUCGUCAGCAGGUUAGUCUUUGCGCUCCCUCCUUGACCUCUAGCCAUUGUUUGAGUGUUAUAGGCUAGGUACAUCUUAUGUUGAACACCCACCCUGACCUUGCCUGUAUUAGUGGGGUAACCAUGAGGUAACUGAGGGAGGCCUUUUUAUUUUGCCUUUAUUUAACUAUGAACAAAUUCUUAUUUUCAAUGACAGCCUAGGAACAGUGGGUUAACUGCCUUGUUCAGGGUCAGAAUGACAGAUUUUUACCUUGUCAGCUCGGGGAUUUGAUCUUGCAACAUUUUGGGUUACUAGUCCAAUGCUCUAACCACUAGGCUACCUGCCGCCUAGACCUUCUAUGAAACCAUUCCCUAGGCAUUAGGCGAAAUCCUGAAAGAAAAGACAGACUUCAUAUUCGACUACCACCAGGGGCAUCUUACACAACUCUCUGUGAAGGCUGCAGCCCAGGGUGACCUGCUCUGUUCAUCAUGGAUACUGUGGUGUUUGUAUCAUAGGAACAGGAGGGUCUAUCUCUAUCAGCCCCAGGCCCUGCUCCAUCCCUGCACUGAGACUGGGAAGAGAAUGGUCUGGGCUGUGUCACUGAUGACCACCAGGACUGAAGUUGGUCAGUCCACCUGUCCACUGGUUGUGUUCUGUGUGGUGGUGCAGUCUCUGUCCCUUGCGGUUCGAUCCUGGUUCUGACUCGUGAAGGAAGAGCAACGGCUCCUGAUCUCCGCCAGCAUGGACUGCAGACUGUAAUAACAAAUGGCCAUUUCCAUGUAAAAGAAUCCAUGAGCACUGUGGUAUCCCAGGAGGUAUACCCCAGGGAUGGUAAUAGAGGGGAGGUACGUGAGGCGACGUUGGCUCCCUCUGCUGGGAAUGCGGGAGCUGGGCACCCCGACACGGACAGCUCUAAGUGGAGGUAAUUAGAAGAGAGUGCCAACCAGCCCUGGAGGCCAAAUAAAAGGAACAUGGUGGCACACUGCGAGAGAGAAGGGGGAGAGACUGACUCCAAGCAAAAGUAGUGAAGAACGACCAAGUGAUUUUCUUUGCUAUAUUUAUUUUCUGUCUUAGUAAAGUUGUUUUUGCGGACUAAAGCCUCCCUUUCUCUGUGUCAAUCUAUGCAUGCUCAACCCAACACCCCACGGUGUACCACAGCACCAACAUGUGCAAAUCAUAGGAUCAUGUCAAAUGAAAGCUAAGAGUCUAUAUUUUUGGGAAAUAUAGGCAUAUAUACAUCUUACAACCAUUUUAUAUCCUAAAAAAUAGGAAUAAGCAAAGGCUUUGAUUUCUGGUCAAACAGAUGGAAGAGGGGACUUAGACAACAUCUACCAGAAAAAAUACUUCAAAGAUAUUUGAAAUACAUGAAAACACAAUGUAGCAGUAAAGACCCCUGCCAACUAAUAUCAAAUAUUUAGUUUUGGAGAAACAUUGACCUGUGCUUUGUAAUUCUGUUAUCUUCAAAUAAUUGUCAACAUACACUGAGUAUACAAAACAUUUUAAGAACACCUGGGGCCUGUUGCACAAAAGUAGAAUUAAGACAUCCGGGAUAAAUGACUCAGCUGAGCUCAAUGAAGCCAAAACAUGUGCGUCCAGGCUUAAUUGGUUGCACAAAGACCAAGCCAGGAUGAGCAGACACGGAUUCAUUAAGCCAGGUGAAACCAAUCCUGGAUAGGUGCGCGCUCACGGCUCACUCAAAUAGACCCCGCCACAGAUCACAGAUUAACUGAUUUACCAUGGCAACUAGAGCCGCGUACUUUUCCCCGUCGGAAGCACAAAUCCUCAUGGAGGCAUACGAGGAGGUAAAAUAUAUAAUUAAGAAGAAAGGCAACACCGCCACAGUGAUAAAGCAAAGAGAAAAAGCGUGGCAAAGUAUUGCAGACCGCCUGAAUGCAUUAAACAUGAACGGGCCAAAACGGACAUGGCAGCAGGUCAAAAUCAAAUACAAGAACAUUCUGCAGAAUGCAGUGAAAAAGAAUACAUACAGACAAGGCACGGGUGGUGGGUCACCAAAGGCUGACCUUACCCCAGCAGAGGACAUGGCCUUGGAGCUAAAUAAAGGCAGGUCCGUCUUAGAGGGGAUCCCUGGGGGGAAAGAGACGAGCAUAGGUUCCUCCCAAGAUGCCACCCGCUUCAUUCAAGUGUCUGGCAGCACUGUGUUCCUGUUAGAGCCACCAGCACAAGCACCAGACGAUGCUGAUCCAGGUGAAGGCCCCAGUGCAGCAGCAACAGCACAUGAUGGAGACGAUGAUGAGGAGGAGACCAUCUCUCUGGAUUCCAGAAGGCAUGAGGACCCAGAUGCUAUACAGUGGGAAAACCAGCCUGGCAACAUAAGCUCACAAGCUAUCAGAAAGUUGUAUGGCAACCACCUCCGGCGCCAAAUAGAACUGGCAGACAUAGACAUUCAGUACAAGAAGAAAAAGAUGGAAAAUCUUGCACUGGAGUCCGAAAUAAAAAAGAGGACAAUUAGGAAACUGGACCUUGAAAUAAAAAAACUUGAGAGGGAGCUCCAAGAAGAUGACACAGCUCAAAAUAAAAAUUAGGUAUAUUCUCGUAAAGUCAAGUGAGCCAUGACAUAUGAGCUCUUAUUGUGAGCACACAGGACGGUGGCAUCUUUCUAAGGUUUUUUUAUUUUCCCAGCAAUCAGUACAACCAAGUCAUUGUUAUAAGGCAUCGCCCUCUUUUGCCCACCCCCCCAGCACCAGGUGUGGCCACUAGCCUAUAUGAAGGCCCAAAAUUGUGUGUUCCUUUCUGCUCUGACAAUGGCAUGCCCAUUCGUGCGAGAAGUGGUGGAUGAAGAAGCGCUUGUGCUGAGGAGAGCCUUCAGGCGAGAAAGGGUCUUCAGGGACCGGUUGGACCCACUGGCCUUCCCUGAUGACCAUCUAUAUGAAAGAUACAGGUUUUCUGCAGAUGGCAUCAGGUAUCUAUGCAGACUACUGGGUCCCAGGAUUAAGCACCGCACUGCACAGAGCCAUGCACUGAGUGUGGAGCAAAUGGUUUGUGUGGCCUUGCGCUUUUUUGCUAGUGGAGCCUUCCUGUACUCAGUGGGGGAUGCUGAACAAGGCCACAAUUUGCCGCACAAUAAGGAGUGUGUGUCUGGCUAUCAAAGCAUUAGCAGAUGUCUUCAUCUCCUUCCCUGGCCACAGAAGACUCUGUGACAUCAAAGAGGAGUUCUAUAGGAUUGCAGAUGGUCUGCAAUGCUGACUGUGUGAUCAGCAAUGUUGUGGCAAAAUGGCCUGGCUCAGUCCAUGACUCCAGAAUCUUUCGGGCCUCUGAAAUCUAUCAGUGCCUAUCACAAGGUGAAUUCUCUGGUGUGUUGCUGGGAGACAGGGGGUAUGGCUGCCAGCCUUUUCUCCUGACACCUUUCACAGACCCCCAGGAAGCACAGCAGGCCUACAACCAUGCCCAUGCCAGGACCAGGGCCAGAGUUGAAAUGACCUUUGGCCUCCUGAAGGCAUGCUUUCACUGCCUUCACAAAUUAAGGGUCAGCCCUGUUAGGGCAUGUGAUAUUACUGUGGCUUGUGCUGUCCUCCACAAUGUGGCCUGCCUGAGGAAGGAGAGGGCCCCCAGAGUGCCACCAGCCAUGGACUGGGACAAUCCGGCAAUCUUCCCUGAUGACGACAGUGGUCGGCUGCUGAGGGACCAAUAUGUGUUGAAUUAUUUUAGUUAGUAUGUGUGCUUUCAAUUUUGGUUAAAUAUGUCCUGCGGUGGCAGAGGAAUUUGGGUUUUUUUGGGUUCGUUUUUUUACGAAUUUGGCCUCUUAUGAUGUUUGUGCGGUAUACUGUGUGUAAUACAAGGCUGCAGGGAGGCUACUGCAUCCAUUCAUUUGUCUGUUCAGUUAAUGUGUAUGGAUUUGUCCUGCAUUUAUUUUAGUGUGCAGACAUGCAGGGUGUGUUAUAUACAGACCUUUGAAUGUGUAUGUAUCAUUUUGUAUAAUAUGCUUGGAUUCUGUGCUUUCCAUCUUGUAGAGUCACUGUGACUUCAGUUUCGAAAGGAGCUGAUGGUUUACCUGCUUUGUUUUGUCCUUAUUCAAUAAAGGAACAUAAUGUUACACAUUGUGUUUUUAUAUUCA